GAAGAUGCGAAGGCCAUGGAGAGAAGACAAGAGACUUCCCAAACCAUCCCACUGAUGUGACAUGUAUCCGUGGAUUAAUGUCAUGUUUUGAGUCGUAAUCAGGUGUACGGUUGUGUGUGAUAACCUCGUGGACGCUGCUCGGGUCGGAUUGUUGUUUGGUUUGAUUUGUUGAGUUGAAUCGUUUGAUGUGAUGUCGGGCCUGUCGAGCGGAUCUGUAGGUGAAGUCACUCCCUAGAAAUGUAGCUCGGGGUUACAACACUAUCAGAGCUAUCUCUAAAGGUGUUGCCGUGUGGAUGAUGCCCGAGCGAUGUCUGAUGUUGAGGCCACGUACGCAGACUUCAUCGCCUCCGGCAGGACGGGACGCAGGAACGCCAUGCAUGAUAUCCUGCAGAGUCCCACUGACCCCGAUGGACGAGAGCUGCCCCUCACGCUGUCUCUGUCCCAGCUUCACAUCAACGCAGGAGGAGGAGAUGGAGACGACGCCGAGGACAGCCAGAGCUCGUCCUCCGCCCACAGGGAUUCAGAGCAGAGGAACAGCUAGCCAUCCACACACUCCUGCCCGUGGACGGAGAGCAGCGUGGGGGAUUCCAGCCGCCAUCGUGAUGAACCAGUUUAUCCACAGUGGGCUGAUCGCUGGAGGCUAGCACUACUGGUGCUCAUGUGCCUACAUAAGCAUGGUACUGACCCCCCCCAGAAUCCACUGUAGAGGUGCUGUGCUGGGAUAUAUUCACGCAGUGCUCUCAUGUUCCUGUGGCUCUGCUGUCCACUUGAUAAACAGACUGAUGGCAGGAGUGUAUUCAGAGCUGGUGAAAGCAGAGAGACUCAUCUGUAGCUCUUGUACAGCUGAUUUUACUUCAGUCGUAGUUAGUGAACACACAGGCUGGAUGGCUGGAAUGAAAAGAGAAAAAGAAAAAAGAAAAAAAGAGUUUAAUAGUUGUGCUGACAAUUUGUAAGACCACUGAGACGUGCUGAUGUAAUGGCCCACAGUGAGAGUAGCAUGUUUAGUAGUGAUGCUGGUAGAGAUUAUAUUGCCAGUUAAUGGCUUGUGCUUCCUUUAAAUUGACAUUACUGUGGAGGGAAUUGAGCGACUCAGCUGAAGUAGAAAAGGAGAACACUAUGGACAUAAAACACUGGGGCUUGACUACUUUAUAUGUGGGAAGGUGUGUACACUACUUCUGUUGUGCGUCAUGAACAUAACACAGUGAUGUGGGACUGGUUUGUAAAAACAGAAGAUAACCUGAGAUGAUGGAGCCGUGUUCAGUGAACCUAUAAUACACAUACAGUGAGCAUGGUAACAUAUUUUAUAACUCAGUGGUUUAAAAAAAAAAGAACUGAUGGUGGUGUAAUAUCUUUGGAACUGUUUAUACUUUAGUUUUUUUACUUUUCUAAUAAUGCCAUAAUAAUAAUAAUAAUCACAACUUUGAGGGAGAUUGAAAAUAUGGAAAAUACACUUAUUCACUUUCCAGCCGAGAGGGAGAAGAGAGGAUUCAAACUGCUUCAUGUCUGUAUGCUGAAUAUGCAGCUGAAGUCAGCCAGAGGGGAAGCUUAGCAUAACUCAAAGUUGAAACAGGGAAAUAGCUCGCUUGGGUUUGUAUGAAAUCUUAUACUUGGACCAGUUACACGGCAUCAAGCAAAGACUCCAAUCAAUCAAUUUUACAUCUAAGCCACAUCAUUGAUAAAAUUACAUUAUAUCUCCCUUUCCAGUUUUUAUAUAUCGCUAGGUCAAGAGCCACAAACUCUUAGUAUAAAGGUUACUUUUGAUUCCUUCUGACAUGGAUAAUCAUUUGUAACUCUGCUGUUAAUUUCAGGUUUCCUUUUUAAGUGUAUUUGCUGGCCCACCUUUUGUCUGCAAGUGUUUCUCCCAUUAACUGUAUAUAAAGAUGGAAGACAUCUCCACCCUUUCCCACUGUACACAAAACUGAAGUCAAAAUACCUCCUGCAACAGUCACUGACAUACUGUGGCACCGGCAUCAAUUUAGAGCCUGUUUUUGAAACCGCCUGCCACAUACUACCUAUGAAUACAGUAUGCAGUAUAUACUUCAUACUGCGUUUGAAGGUAGUAUCAUAGACAGUAUAAAAAAUGGAAGUAGUAUCUGUGACGUCACCCAUCUGUUUCUGAAGCGCUGUUUUGAGGCCAAUCGUCGGCGGGAGCCAUAUUGCUGCUGUCGAGCGAUUGUGACGUAAAGAGGCUUUGAGCCUCCUAGUCAACAGCUACAGUGUUCCUGCCUGUCAAUCAAGUCAGCUGUGUCUCUCAUUGGAAGACUUGCAAUCUAAAUAUCUUCGAAAUUGCCGCGUUAUAAAAAAUUCACCCCCCUCUAUCCAGAGCUAUCCAGAGUACACUCGUCUUUAGUACCAGGCUGUAAACAUGUUUAUUUCUUCUGUAAAGAUCGGCUUUUUUGAAUUGGUGUGUAUGUGGUUUCCAGUACUUCAGGAGCCAGCCUCAAGCGGAUCCUCGAUGAACUACAGUUUUUAACACUUCCGCAUUGGACUCAUAUUUUUAGACGGGAGGUUGCCGCUUGGUUUGAAGGUAGUAUGCCAUAUGUGUAUCUGUUGGAUCUGUUUUGUAGUGUGCUUGGCCAGGUGCCUCUGGAUUUUCAGUUUCGAAAAGCGGAGGCAAACGAUGACCAAGCUGAUAGUGACUCUAACAUGCACCUGUACAGAAGCUAUAGUUCUCAAAAUAGAUCCACUCGACCCCCACUCCAAAAAAACACAAAACUUAAACCUACCAACCACAGAUCCAACAAUAUGGUUAUUGAAAGAUGAAGACGACAUAGUUCCUCCUUUCUCAAUUUGUGCUUCCAGCCAUGUUCUUUGGUUUCAUGACAGUUAUUUUAUAUGUGUAAGAAAACACUGUUGAUUUGUUACCAAUACAGAUAAGCUAGGUGAGCAAACAGAUGGGCCUGUGUCCACUAACCACUUUUUUUAGCACUGGCAUUAGCCCUGACCUUGACUUUAGAGCACUUCUCACCAGCUAUGUUACUAAAGUUGUCCCGCAUGACUUCUGCUACCCAUAGUAGUGACCUUUAAGACUAUUUUCAAAAUGCUCUGUAUGCUUUAUUUUUCACUAUAACAAUAUAAUAGUAAUAGUACCUCUAAACCAUUUUAAAUUUCCCCGUUGUGGAACGAAUAAAUGACUAUCCUUUCUUAUCUUAAAAACAAGUGUGGUUAGUUUCCCUCCUCUACUGGCCUCCACCAUUUUUGUUGACAAAGCUGAAAUCAGAAGCCCCACCCCCUCUUGAUUUUGAAAGGUUGGUAUUGGACGGCUGACAUUAACUAGCAUGAAAAAAACAGCUGGCAUAUGGAGCCUUUUUGCACAUUGGACGCUGCUCUGCAUUGGUUUUGUGUAAAUGGGUGCUGCCUGUGAAAAUAAUGCUGUCAGUGGACACAGGCCCUGAAUGUACAUACAUGAGACCACUAGGAAUCCUUUUAAUGAACUCUUCGUAGUAAAAUGAAGAAGGGUGUUUUCCAGCUACUGAAAUGUAGAUAUGCAAUACUCAGUGGAGCUUCCAGUAAUUUAACAUGUUGGGGUGAAAUUUCCUCUUAAAGCUAAUCCGUAUUCCCACUUUACAUAAAAAAUGGAAACCUCCCCUAAUCACGACCCGCAGAGACCAUCAUGCAUGCACUGUUGAAACUUUUUAUUUUUAUAUUUUGUCCCUUGUAUAAUCUUGCUGUAAUACUGCGACGUAAACGUGUCUCAUUCUGACUCAUGCUGACGAUAACACUGCUAAUAUAACUGUGUUUUAUAACACUCAUUCAAUCAGGUUUUCAGGUUGUAAACUGCCAUGUGACCAUGUAACUCUCUCACCUGCAACAACACUGUGUGACCCUGCUGUUCAUAACUCAGCAUGUAGACAUAAAGCAGGUGCAUGAUUCUGCUUAAUGUGUCUGUGUUUGUCUGACUGCCUAUAAUCAUAUUUCUACAUAAUGUGUCAAAACAAAAUAAAUAUCUGAUCACA